UGUGCUCUCGUCUCUCCUGAAGCUUCACCACGGCCCUCACCUGCGUGCUCCACUGUUUCUCCUGCGAGUCGUCCUGGGCUGACCGGCCCUUCCUGUUCCGCCCCCGCGCCGUCUCUCCCGCCACGGUCGCCAUGACGCGCUCCAAAACCUUCCAGGCCUACCUACCCAACUGCCAUCGCACCUACAGCUGCAUUCACUGCCGAGCACACCUGGCCAACCAUGAUGAGCUCAUCUCAAAGUCUUUUCAAGGGAGUCAAGGCAGGGCCUACCUCUUCAACUCAGUGGUGAAUGUAGGCUGCGGGCCGGCAGAGGAGAGGGUACUGCUGACCGGUCUUCACGCGGUGGCCGAUAUCUACUGUGAGAACUGUAAAACCACUCUGGGCUGGAAAUAUGAGCAUGCUUUCGAAAGCAGUCAGAAGUACAAGGAGGGCAAAUUCAUCAUCGAGCUGGCCCACAUGAUCAAGGACAAUGGGUGGGACUGAAAACCCUGGACUCCCCACGGCCCAUAACGCUGGAAAGAGACGUGCAGCAUAUGAAUAAUUCGUUUCAUUAUCUGGCUGUAACUUCCUCCCUGGAAAUCGAUCUACCUGACACACACCUCUAAACCGUGAGGGUGCAAGGUUCAUAGCAGCAGCGCUACCCAUUUCCUGUGUGUAUAUACGAACGAAUGUGUGCCAGCUAGACACCAAGUGUUUCUCUUAUGUGAGUAUUUUCCUAUUCAGUUCAAGGGAGUGCGUGUGUGCAAAUCGAGGCACAAAUUGACGUUUGCUUUCCUCGGGGUUGGCCAAGGUCACAGUUUUGUCCCACACUCAGGUUUAACUAAUGGCUGGAUCCAUGGUGAAGAAGGGUGAAAACACUCUCAAACAGAAGCGUCGUUCAUUUGUUUCCCUUUUCUCUAUUUCCUUCAGUCACUUGCAUGCCGUUUAUUUAUACGUGUAUUUAUUGAUCUGUUCGUUUUAGGGACGUUACGUUUAUGGUAAACUGUAGCAACCACAGUGGUCUUACUUUGACCUCGUAUAGCGGAAGUAGCAACGUUUGAUAGAGGUUUGUACGUUCACUUCCUCUCCAGAUUGUGAUCUGUCUCCGUUUGAAUGUGAUUAUGGAGUAAAUGAGGCAUUCAUAUGCCAUUUAUAGGGCACAGGUCGCGUACAUUAGCUAGAGCCAAGUCUUUCGCCCCAGCCGCAGCUGAGAAAAGCAGCUGUCAGCUUUGAAAGGGAACUGAGGUGUUCUCACAGCCCGUGAUGUCCCCUUCGGUAUCAUUAGUUCCCGCCAUUAAAUCACAAUUCAAGUGGUAAACCAGACUUUCUCACCACGUGUUUUGGGGAAGAAAGCGAUCGACAACUAGUAAAUGUGGCCGCUGAACGAGGUAAUCCAGAUGGGGCUCGUAAAUAAAAAGCCUUGGCGCAACCAAAGACUCUUUCAUCACCUACGCUGACCAAACUGAGUUCGAUUUCCUGAUUUAAGGCCUGUUCACACCAAGGACAAUAACGGUAACGAUAAAUAUAACGUUUUAAAAAUCGUUGUAAUUCUGUGAGAAUAGUAGAGUCCACAAGUGUAACGAUAACGACACAGAGGAACAAUAAUGAUUUUUGUUUUAGCUGAUGAACGAUAAAAACAUUGACGGCCAAUCAGGAAGCACUUGAAUUUAACAAGCAUGAGCAUUUAAAGUGAGAGACAACAUUAAUGCAGUGCUUGCUUAUAAUGAACAGAAAUUAGCAUUGGCUGGUGUGGACUCUAAUAUAGUUAUCAUUAUAGUUAUUGUUCUUGGUGUGAACGGACCUUUAGAAGUCGAUUUUUCUUUGAUUUAGGUGUUUUGGAUGUUAACGUAUAUUGUCUUAUUUUGAGUAUGUAUUUAUGAUCGAUCAUCACGUAUUGUUUUAGCACUCAAUCUUACAUCUGUGUAUUUAUCGUUCUGUGGGACCGCUCCACCUAUUCCAACAUUUUUUUUUUUAUCAUUUCAAAUUGUUUUUUUCAAGAAGAAUAGUGUGCGAGUAGUGAGAUAAAUUUGGAAUCAGUAUAUUUUAAUCUGAUAUCAAUAAAGCU